UGCUCGCCCGUCCGGGAGGGUCGUUAUCCUCGUCAGCCCGACACGGCACGGCGGCUAACACUGCCCGCUUCCCCCGCCCCAUCCUCCGGGCCGGGGCUGUGUGUGCAUGGCAGUGUGGGGGAGGUUCUUUAUUGGCCUCGUCCUCCUUCCCUCCCUCCCGCCGCCCCCCUUCACCUUCCACACUCCACCCAGAAAUGAUCCAGUGAAACCAGGAGGAGGUGAUUCUCCUCCUCCCUCCUGCUGCUGCUCCUGCUGGUCUGGAAGGGACUGCAGGAAUCUCUGCCGUGCUCUGCUCUGAGGCAGGGUCUGGGGAGGGGAGGUCGUUCUGUGGAGAGAGGGGGCCGCUGUGGCCCGGGGUACAGCUCUCUCGCGGGGGGCUGCUUGGCUUCCGACCAUGGGGAAGGAUCAGGAACUGCUGGAAGCUGCUCGCACUGGGAAUGUGGCUCUGGUGGAGAAACUCCUCUCUGGGAGGAAAGGAGGGAUCCUUGGCAGUGGAUCUGGAGCUAUCCCCUUAUCCAGCUUACUGAGCAUCUGGCGAGGACCAAACAUAAACUGCACAGACAGUUCAGGUUAUACUGCUUUACAUCAUGCAGCUUUAAACGGACACAAGGAUAUAGUUCUCAAAUUACUUCAGUAUGAAGCAUCAACUAAUGUGGCAGAUAAUAAGGGUUAUUUUCCUAUUCACUUGGCUGCUUGGAGAGGAGAUGUAGAUAUUGUGAAGAUUCUCAUCCAUCAUGGACCAUCACACUCCCGAGUGAAUGAACAGAACAAUGAAAAUGAAACAGCACUGCAUUGUGCAGCUCAGUAUGGUCAUUCAGAAGUUGUUGCUGUUCUGUUGGAAGAGCUGACAGACCCUACAAUAAGGAACAACAAACUGGAAACACCUCUGGAUCUGGCAGCACUUUAUGGACGUCUGCGUGUUGUAAAAAUGAUCAUUAAAGCAUAUCCAAACCUGAUGAACUGUAAUACAAGAAAACACACUCCUUUGCAUCUUGCUGCACGUAAUGGCCACAAAGCUGUUGUACAGGUGCUUCUGGAGGCUGGAAUGGAUGUCAGCUGCCAAACAGAAAAAGGGAGCGCACUACACGAAGCAGCCCUAUUUGGAAAGGUGGAGGUAGUACGCAUUUUGCUUGAAACAGGAAUAGAUACCAACAUAAAGGACAGUUUGGGUAGAACGGUUUUGGAUAUACUUAAAGAACAUCCAUCUCAGCAGUCACUUCAAAUUGCAGCUCUACUUCAAGAAUAUAUGGAAACAGGAAAUGCAAGUAUUUCAGAGGAACGUCCACUGGAAUGCGCAGAACGUCAGUCUUGCAUUUUGUCCCCAGAAGUUCCUCCAUCUCCAAAGGCUAAAAGUGAAGCUGUGACUGGAGAAUUAUCAAAGCUCUUAGAUGAAAUCAAAUUGUGCCAAGAAAAGGAAUACUCUUUUGAAGAUCUGUCUCAUACAAUAUCAGACCAUUAUCUGGAUAAUUUUAGUAAAGUAUCAGAGGAAGAACUUAUGACCAGUGGAAACCAAACCAAGCUUAAUGUAGUAAUAUUGUUUUUUAAUGCACAGAGACCUUCUUCAAUGCGUUUAUCACCAAGGGAGGAAGAUGAUGAUGAUGCAGGUGAAAAUACAUGUGGUCCUUCAGGUUUAUGGGAGGCACUGACACCGUGUAAUGGAUGCAGGAACCUCGGAUUUCCCAUGCUUACACAGGAAUCUUAUUCAAAGAAGAGAGGUUAUGCAUUGGAAGCAAUAUCCUCUGUACCUCUGGAUGCAGUUCCUUCAGAAAAUGACAGCAGUCAUUGUGAUUCGAUAGACGUAGCAGUGACCAAAAAGCCUUGUUCCCUAGAGAUAGCAAGAGUUCCUUCCUCAAGACCAGAUAAUGCACCUCAGGUAGCAAUUACCGCACCAGGAUCUGGUAACCAUAGAAACAGCUCUACAGGCCCAACACCUGACUGCUCUCCUCCAUCACCAGACACUGCACUUAAAAACAUAGUGAAAGUUAUACGUCCUCAGCCCAAGCAACGUACAUCCAUAGUAUCUUCUCUGGAAUUUCACCGAAUGAAUCACAGCCACGAUUAUUUUGAAAUCAACUCAUCCAUUGGCUGUGCAAGUUUUAUUUCUACUCCUGCAAUCAGUCCAGCUAAUUAUUCCUUUGGACCUCUGGAAUACAGUCUCGAAGAGAAAGAACUUCCAGAGCAACUUUGCCAGCGUGAAACAUCCACUGAAAGUGAGUUUCCAGAAGGACACCCCGCUGAGCAGUUUGCGGGUUUACUUCAUGGAUCAUCACCUGCAUGUGACCCACCUGAAAAUCCACUCCAGCUGUACAGCAAAGUAAACCUGUGCAGUGGUCCGCUAGAGAAAAGCAUUUUGAGCAAGAGCACAGUGCAGCAGAUACAACUACGAAAAGAAAGCAGCUCUGAUCCUCCUGUUAAGAAAAAAAAACCUCCAAUUGUAAACAGAACCAUAUUUCAUACUAAAAAUAAACCAGUAGAAAAUCAUACACUGGUUGGUGCACCAAGGAUAAGUGAACAAUGGGUUAUUAGCACUGGGGGAUUUGUGGAGCGAGCAUGCACACUUGGGAGAAUACGAUCCUUACCGAAGACUUUACUUGAAAUGCAUUUGUGCAAAAAUGUUUCUAAAUCUGAUUCUAAUCUUAUCACCCGUCCACCAAAUGACAAAAAAGCAAGAAGCAAUUGGAGUGAACCCACACCAAAUCAACAGUGCUCCAAAGGAAAUUCAGAGAGAACACCUUCUUUCACAUCAGAAUGGGAAGAAAUUGAUAAGAUCAUGAGUUCAAUAGAUGCUGGAAUUAAUACUGGACUGGGGGAGAUGAGUGAUCACACUACAAGACCCCGAUGCCCUGUCCAGACAGUGGGACAAUGGUUGGAAAAUAUUGGGCUACCUCAGUAUGAAAACCACUUGCUGGCUAAUGGAUUUGACAAUGUGCAAUUUAUGGGAAGCAACGUGAUGGAGGACCAGGAUCUCUUGGAAAUAGGAAUCCUUAAUUCUGGGCACAGACAGAGAAUACUCCAAGCAAUCCAGCUUCUCCCAAAGAUGAAGCAGAUCGGUCACGAUGGCUACAACCCCACCUCUGUAGCUGAAUGGCUGGAUUCCAUUGAACUGGGUGACUAUACCAAAUCCUUUCUAAUUAAUGGCUAUACAUCGAUGGACCUUGUGAAAAAAAUCUGGGAGAUUGAAUUAAUUAAUGUCUUAAAAAUUAGCUUGAUUGGCCACCGGAAGCGCGUUCUGGCAUCUUUGGGAGACAGGCUUCACGAAGAUCCUCCUCAGAAACCACCUCGGUCAAUAACCCUCAGGGAACCCAGCGGUAACCACACUCCUCCUCAGUUGUCUCCAUCACUUAGCCAAAGCACUUUCACUACUGGUGGCUCCCUGGACGUUCCCCACAUUAUCAUGCAGGGCGAUGCAAGGAGAAGAAGAAAUGAAAACUAUUUUGAUGAUAUUCCCCGGUCAAAGCUGGAGAGGCAGAUGGCACAGCAGUCUUCGGUCUGUGAGAUCUGGACCAACCAGAAUGCAGGAUAUCCUUUCUCAUCGAUUCAUCAGGUUCAUAAUACAGGAGACUGGGGAGAGCCUUCAAUUACCUUGCGACCUCCAAAUGAAGCCACGGCAUCAACGCCUGUACAAUAUUGGCAACAUCAUCCAGAGAAACUCAUCUUCCAGUCAUGUGAUUAUAAAGCAUUUUAUUUAGGUUCUAUGCUGGUAAAAGAGUUAAGAGGCACAGAGUCAACACAGGAUGCGUGUGCAAAGAUGAGGAAGUCUACAGAACAAAUGAAAAAAGUACCAACCAUUGUCCUGUCUGUUUCUUACAAAGGAGUCAAAUUUAUUGAUGCCACAAAUAAGAAUAUCAUUGCUGAACAUGAAAUCCGUAACAUUUCCUGUGCUGCACAAGACCCCGAAGACCUUUCUACAUUUGCGUACAUCACUAAAGACUUGAAGACUAAUCACCACUACUGCCAUGUAUUCACUGCGUUUGAUGUGAAUUUAGCUUAUGAAAUCAUUCUUACCCUAGGACAAGCAUUUGAAGUGGCCUAUCAGCUUGCACUACAAGCACGAAAAGGGGGCCAUUCUUCAACCCUCCCAGAAAGCUUUGAAAACAAACCCUCUAAACCUAUUCCCAAACCACGUGUUAGUAUUCGGAAGUCAGUGCAGAUAGAUCCAUCCGAACAAAAGACUCUUGCGAAUCUACCGUGGAUUGUUGAACCUGGACAAGAGGCCAAAAGAGGCAUUAAUACCAAGUAUGAAACUACAAUUUUCUGAUACAAAACUGUCCCCCUGUUCCUUGUUGUGCCUUGCACGCCAAGCAGUCACAGCACAGCCUUUCCUUUAUGGCAACGUUUCAAUCCAGCAGAGAGGAAGACUGCACUGUAUGGUGGCCUUGUAACUAACAAAAAAGGCUGACAGUCAUUUCUGGUGAUGUUCUUCUUCCUGCAGCACUGACAGAAGAAUGACACUAUAUGAAGACUUUUAAAAUUACAGUCCACAAGAGGAGUGAGAAACCUUAUUUUUCACGCAGUUCUCCCUUGUGACUCUGCCACAGUGCUUUCUUUGAUUUCUUAUUUUAGGAUUCUACUUUUUAAAGAAAAAAAAACAAAAGGUCUCUAAACUAAUACUAAUGCUGCCUAUGAGUAGAGUAUUUGAUUGGGUUUUUUAUUUGAAUCCUGGCAGUUUUUAAUUGAAAUAGAACCAGAAUUAAUAAAUAGAUUAUUUGUGAAACCACUGAAUUCAUUAAUAAUUACUGUGUUGAAUAAGGAACUCAUUAAAGUGACAAGAAAUUAGGUACCCUGAUUUCUGUGUGCGCUGAUUUUAUAUGUAAAAAUUGAUGUCCUUUGAUCCUCUACAGAAAUAAGAACCUCUUGCAUUGUAGCAAAGGAUCAGAGUUUUAUGAAUUGAUAGAAAAGGGUAUUAAUAAUGCACAGAAAACAUUUAUUAGAUAUUUUUAUGGAAGAGAAGUACUAUAGGAAAACAUAUGAAUAUUUAUGGAAGGAAGCCAGAUUAAUUAUGAGAAAUAUUGUUUAUUUUAAAGUUAAGUAAACGACUGCUAUUGCAGCAUUAUGAAAAUUGUAAGACUUGUAGCAUCAGUGCACUGGAUGUUCCGUGUAAUCAGUCUGGAAUGAAAGUGGAAUGGUCAUUCUACUACACCUACAUAUAGUUUAUGCAGUUCAACAUUGCUAUAGCCAUGAAUUCUACUAAUAUUUUUAAAAAAUAAUCUCAGUGGUUCUAAAAAAAAGUCAAAACCAUGGAUUUUGCUAUCAAGAUUUCUGUCACAGAGUGUUGAUAAAAUUCUAUUGCAAAACAUUUUCUAAAUAAAAAUAUUGAGAAAAAGAAAAAAUUCCAAAGUAAUAAAAAUGUUUUCAUGGAACAAAAGUUAAGCAUUUGCUUAAUAUUUGAUUAAAUAAGAUUUACUUACUUUUUCUUUGAAGUGUUUUAAUUUUUUUAAUGUCUGUGGAGUAUUUGUAUAAUACCAUGAUGUAUAUUUAUGUAGAACUGAAAUUAUAACAGUACAAAUAUCAUUAUAGGAGAAAAAUGACAUUUUAACGUAUAUUGUUCUAUCCAGUCAAAUUGUGAAUCAUUUUGAAGUUCAUUAUAGAGAUAUUGAAAAAUUGUGUGGUUGUCUUAAUGUUUUUUUAAUUAUUAUUUCAUAUCCAGCUGAGGUUUUUCAGUUAGAAUCAUCAGUUGGUAUAUUCCAAAAAAUGGAUAAUUGAACUUGGUUUAAACCUGAUAAUUGUAUAUGGUUUAGUUACACCUAAUCAUAGCGCUGAGUGAUGACAUACUUUUAAUACAGUAUUCAAUUUACUUGAACAAAAUAGUUCCUUGUACAUAUUUUUGCCUAUUCACUGUUGAUAUGUACUUAGUCAACUGACAGUAAAAAAAAUAACACUAAAAAUAUGGUACCAAAAGGAAAAUUGUAUAGGAGAACAGUAAAUAGUAGCCUCACUGCAACAAAGACUUAUGUAAAUAUGCUUGGGCUUCCAGUUAUAAAUUUUGUAAUUUUGUCAUUUAUUUAUAUCCUAUAAAAGCACACAAAAUAAAAUGAAGUUGUACAGUCCC